CGGGAUUCGGAGAAAGGGCUGCCUUGGCGUUGCUGUUGCUGAUAACCUCCCGCUUCGAUUGAAACUUAACCUUACUUACCCCACAUACUCACCCCACUUUCGUCGGAGCCGACUUCAUUUCACCAUGACUUCAACACCCUCAGCGCAUCUCACCUGCCUUUGCGGCGCUAUAUCAGAGCCUGGUACUCUCCUCAAGGAUGAUCGAUUUCCAACAAGUGCGAGCAUCUGUCACUGCAAUUCGUGCCGCCGGACAUCGGGAUCGUUGGGAGCGUCGUUCCCACCACUCAAGUCUCCUCCUCCAGAAGCUACACUGUCAAGACUCACGGCAUAUCAUAGCUCUGACAUAAUCACACGGUACUUCUGUUCGAAAUGUGGCUGUCAUUGCUUCAUCUUCCAUCAUCCAAGAAAAAAGUGGUAUUGUCUGGGAGGGGUAGUUGAACCAAGUCCUUCGCCCGAAGCGCACAACGUGUCCGGGCCGAAGAAUACCAUCCAAGUCUCCCUUCACGAAUACGUCUCAGAUACCCUAGAUGGAGGACUAGCUCCUCUAUUUCAUAACCUAGGUGGUCGUUUCAUUCCAAUAUACACAGCCGCUCCAGGCUCAGCGGAAAUCGCGUAUGAUACUACUCUGUCCUCUCUAAAGGAAUCUGUCAAUUCCACCCCACCACCGGCAGUGAAUUCAUGUCUGCCAGCAAAGUGUCAUUGUGGCGGAGUCUCUCUUCUGAUCAAACGUGCCAACUAUGAGUCCAGUACGGCUGCUGAAUCAGCCCGCUACAUCCCCUCAGAUCCUACAAAGUGGCUCUCAUACUUCUGCACUUGUCGCUCCUGUCGCCUCUCUUUUGGAGUAUCUUUGACACCCUGGACACUUGUGUUACCCGCCCAUGUCUUCAAUGCCAGUGGAGUCGUCGAGGGGUCUAGCAAAGCCGAGUUAGUCCCGGUAGUUUUUGACCGGCAAGCUGCGAGUCCUGACGCAAAUCCGGGCUUGACUUUGAAACACUAUUGGUCAUCACCAGAUGUCUGUCGGACUUUCUGUGGCAAAUGUGGCGCGUCUGUCUCUUACUAGUGUGAAAAGCGACCAGAAGAGCUAGACUUGGCAAGCGGCAUAUUGAGGGCUGAAGAAGGCAGUAUGGCGAGGCGGUCGUUGGAGUGGGUUUGGGGUCAAUGUAGCUCAUUAGAGGAGAGCAUUGAUGAGGACAUAAGCGAUGCGUGGGUAGGAAGUGCUGAAGUCAUGAAUAGGGAAGCAGCUGAAGGCUCGUGACAGCAGGAGACACUUCAUAGAGUAAGAUUUGGAAUAUAAGUUAAUAAUGUUCUAGAUUUCAUGGGAUAAGCAACCCAAUCUGACUGAGCUACCGGCCUUGCGAUCACGUGGGGGCGCCUUCUCUUCUAGGCUCUUCAGAGCUUUCAGAGCUUGCGGAGAACUAUUUCCAGCUAUUGCAUAAGAUUGCAAGCAACCCCUUUGGGAUAGAAGAAAAUUCAUG